AUGCUUAUAUUCGACGACUCAACGGUAUAUAUGAGAACAAUCUCAAUGGAUCGAAAGGUGGACCUCAUCCGUGGGUAUGGAACAUUCACUGAUGACGGAAGUAUAGAAGUGAAUGGGGAAAAGUACAGAGGAAAAUACACUCUCAUUGCUGUUGGAGGCUAUCCAACCAUACCGGAUCUUCCCGGUGCUGAACUUGGAACGGAUAGUGAUGGCUUUUUCGAGCUCAAUAAACUGCCGAAGAAAACGGUGGUAGUAGGAGCUGGCUACAUAGCUGUCGAGCUUGCAGGAGUUCUGGGUAAUUUAGGAUCAGAUACUCAUCUUCUAAUACGAUACGAUAAGGUAUUACGUACCUUCGAUGAAACGCUCAGUACCUCAUUGACUGAAGCCAUGGACAAAGGCCCUGUAAAUAUUCAUAAAAAUACUCAGAAAUAG